CCCCGAGUGACGUCAUCAGUGUGCGACUCCCCGGCUGUGUAUAUGGCGGCGGAGCGCUGACAUUGAGGAGAGAAGAGAUGUGGGCGGCCCGACAACUACAGAGGAGCCAGGCGGGUGUGAUGGUCGCUGUCAGGCGUUUGGUGUCGGGGAGGACGGAGGGGGAACAGAGGAUCGCUCAGGUGCUGAAGGAUCGAUUCCCCCGGGCGGCUCACGUUCGUGUUGUGGACAUUUCAGGCGGAUGCGGAUCGAUGUACGAGAUUCAUGUGGAAAGUGAAGAUUUCCGGGAGAAACGAAUCGUCCAACAACAUCACCUGAUCAACGAGGCGUUGCGGGACGAGAUAAAGUCGAUGCACGGCCUGAGGAUCUUCACCUCCGUCCCCAGCCAAUGACAAGAGACUUUAUAGGACCCUCCCACCUUCCCGGAGGACGUUGGGCAUCGAAGGGUUACCAUGACAGCACUUUGCACUCUGAUCUCGCAGAACGCCGCGCCUGCGCACAACUCGCCUCUCUCACUUCCUGUAUAUUAGAAUAAAUGUAUCAACUUGA